GGCGUCUUUCCGAAGUCUCUCUGUUAACUCAGAGGAGGAAAGUUUGACCCAAACACCGUGAAGAUGUCAAACACCGCGAGGGGCCGACAAGAUAGUGCGGCACUGUUUGUUCUCUCCGCGGUAUGUUUAGCCUUAAUAACAAUAAUCAGCGUUUGGAAAUUAAAGCAAUUCAAAUACAGACUCAUUAAUGAAGCUGGAGGUGCAAUGUUUUACGGUGUCUUUCUGGGCUUAGCCAUCAGGUACUUGUGGGUGGACCGAGAGGAGCAUUUGGAGAACAUGGGCAGUGUUUGUUCUUGCCACGGUCUAAACAACACUCCUCAUGUCAUAAUGGUCAACCUCUCAUCCCGCGAGCACUGUUAUAGACUUAUUGAAAAGAAGGGCCAAAGAUGCUCACAGCUCCCAAGUCCUCACACGGCUAUGCUUGAUCCGCAAAUCCUUUUUGACCUUUUCCUGCCCCCCAUCAUCUUCUUUGGGGCUUACACCCUGAAUCAGAGCCGAUUCAUCAAGAAUCUGGGCUCUAUUGUGACCUAUGCUUUUCUGGGCACCAUGAUCAGCUCCUUGUGCAUAGGGGCCCUUGUCUACGGCUUCACCAGACUCAUGGUGCUUCUGAGACAAGCAGCAGAUGGAGAGUUCUCCCUCACUGACUGCCUCCUGUUUGGCGCAAUUAUGUCAGCCACUGAUCCUGUCUCAGUCCUCGGGCUAUUGUCGGACCUACGUGUGGAUUCGGAUUUGCACGCCCUGCUGUUUGGCGAGAGUGUCCUUAAUGAUGCCGUGGCCAUUGUCUUGACACAUGCCAUCACCUCCUAUGACCAGAUGGAAACAGGAAACGUCUUUCAGACACCUGCUUUCUUCCGCUCUGUUGGUUUCUUCGUCGGAGUGCUCAUUGGCUCCUUCCUUCUUGGAUUCAUAUUCACAGUAAUAACAGCCCUCCUCACCAAACUCACCCGACUCCGUGAGAAUCCUCUGCUGGAAACAUCAAUCUUCUUCCUGCUGUCCUGGAGCAGCUUCCUCUCAGCAGAAGCCUGUGGACUGUCAGGCAUUGUGGCAGUUCUGUUUUGUGGCCUGAGUCAGGCAAAGUACACAAGUCUCAAUUUGUCGCACGAGGGGAGUACAAGAACCAAACAGCUCUUUGAAGUCCUCAACUUCCUCGGGGAGAUUUUCAUCUUCGGCUACAUGGGAUAUAUAUGGUUUACAUUUCGUCACCAUGCCUUCAGAGCUCUCUUCAUCUCUGGAGCAUUUUUAUCCAUUUUUAUUUCUAGAGCCUGCAACAUCUACCCUUUGUCUUUCCUGAUAAACCUGGGUCGUACAAAGAAGGUUUCCCGCAACUUCCAAAACUUUAUGGUGUUUACAGGUUUAAGAGGGGCCGUUUCUUUUAGCCUGGCUGUAAGAGACACUUCAACAGAAGCACGGCGCACCAUCCUCACCACCACUCUGCUUCUGAUUGGCUUCACCGUCUGGGUGCUGGGUGCAGCUGCCGAUCCCCUGCUGGGCCACCUGGACCUCAGAGUGGAAGAGGAGACAGACGGCAACCUUCAGGAUGUUUCCUCUGAGGUUGAUAUGGAGAGGCAGGACACAUCACAAAGCCUAUGGCACCGUCUGGACCACCGAUAUCUAAAUCCCCUGCUGACCCACUGUGGCCCCCCGCUAACCGACUCGCUGCCACAGUGGUGUGGUAGGUUUGCUGGAGUCUUCUGUGGCCACCAAAAGCAGGAGGAUGAGGAGCAGCCCUUUGAGACUGAACCAGAGAACUUUGACUUCAAUUUGGACAAAUCUGAUCUUCCGUCCACACGAAGCGACUCUGGGUCAGAGCAGCAAGAGGACCUGCUGGAGGGAGAUUUGGGCCUUGGCACCGGAGCAGCUCACGUCAUUGAGGAGUGAAUUUUCCCACUCUAACUUUGCCUUAUUAUUCCCCCCUGUUGCCUUAAUGCUAGCCCCCACCUCCCACAGAGCGCAGGGACCAUGAUCUGUUUAUUUCAAAGCCACUGAGUGGGAGUUUGUUACUGUGACUUGCAUAAGGUCACACAACCCCCAUGUGUUGAGCUGUGUGCAAAAGCACACUCGCGCUGGAAGGAAGAGACAAUUAGUGAAGGCUGGCAUUCUUCCUGUUUCUCUGCUGGAUGUAUUGUCCUGCUUUGUUUUAAAUUUAUUUUCAUCUGCAGGAGCAUGUCUGUAAAUUAGAAUCAAAAAGUUAAUUUAUUUCAAUUCAAAAAGUGAACCUCUUACAUAGAUUUAUUACACAGAGGAAUAUCACACGAUAUUAAAAGAUAAUUAUUUUUUAACAGAGAGGCUAUGUUAUGGGAGUGUUCUACAGACUCAUGGGGGAUGCUGUCGAUUUGACAGUCCUCCACAACGAGUGUAAGCUACAACAGGUUAGUUGCUAAAGAACCUGGCUGUUCUUUGUGUGCUGUAUCCAAAAUAUUAAUGAAGAGUUGAGUGGAAGGAUAAACUAUAAUAGGAAAAGGUCCAUAACCAACAGGAACAAUAGGAUUUCAGCCUAACGCCCAUUCAAGAGCAGAUGAAGUCAGUGCUUCAGAAGUUAUCAAACACCACAGCAUUCAGAACAUCAGAUAAAAUUGUCACAUUCCUUGUGGUAAGCCACUCUGGAACCAGAGACAACAUUCCUGAUAAGUGUGUUACCUGGUAUGAGAGGAAAAAGGACUACUUCUGCCUCAUGGUCCUAAGUCCAGCUGUUAUAUUUAAGUACAUUUUGCAUUUUAUUUCCAAAUUAGAAUCUCUGAGUCUGGACGAAGAGCGAAGAGGAGCAGAAUCCAAAUUGGUUGAGCUCCAGCAUGAGUUUUCCACUAAGUUUUCCGUUUAGUAUGCAGUCAUGUUCAGUGAAUUAGAAUAUGUCUUGUUAUUAUUGAAAAUGUCUGUAUUCAAACUGUUUUGUUUUUAUAGCUCUGUUUUAAUAUUCUAAUCUUUUCAUCUAAUGAACUGAGUUACUGAAAUAAAUGAAAUUUUCAGUAUUAGACUAAUUUAUUAAACAUGACUGCCUUGGACGUAACACUGUGAAGAGAGAGGUGCUUAAGAACCGUUUGUGCUUGUAUUAUGUGUACAUAAUGUGUGAACGUCCUCACCAGCAUACACAGUGUUUCUUCGAAUCACCAGACCCAGGAUGUUAUUUCAGUGCCUGUUCUGCUUCUCUUUUCUGCCCAUCUCCUGAUUAAGCUUUCAUUACAUUUUGCCCUUUUCAGCUGUUUCAAAUUCCCCUACUCAUUUUCCUCCAUGUCCUCCUUAUCAUCCAAGAGCAUUCUGUAAACGUAACAGUUCUGGCUCUUAUUAUAGAAUGCACGUUGUUUCCUUUUUGACUCAUAAAUCUCUGGUUCGUCCCACUUUUAUUCCUCUGGAGUCAAUCAGGGUGCAGUUUGCUGUAGGUUAGGCUUUGUGUAAUACAUCCACUGCCCUUGAAGUGAUCUCUCUUCUAUUUAUGCAACAAAUGCAUGACUACGUCUGUGGAAUGUGGUUCUUUCAGCUGUUGCUUUCUGAAAAUAUUUAACAUGUAAGUCUGAUAGCAAACUUGAUAAGAGUUACACUCUGAUUAAAGAGCUGAGAACAACAGCCUUUGAUCAUAUGUCUCCAGACUAAAAUUCUUAAAAGAGCUGUUUUCUAAAACUAACUAAAUAUAGUUUGAUUUGCUGACACAAUGCCUUCAGUCGCUAUGCACAGUAGUUUAAAUAAAGUCAUCUCAGUUUUGUAACCCUUAUUUUCACUUCCUAAUUUUGUCAUUCAAUCUUACAAAGGUUUUACCGAUGGGUUUUCUUCUCACUGAUGUAGUUGUUACCAAUCAAUUUAUUUAUAGGAAGAGGAUGUUGAUCAAACACAAGGACCUGCUUUUAGAGCUCAGUGUUUGCCAGGGGGAAAUAGAAUCAACCCCAAAACCUAAGAAACAACAAUUCCUUUAUUUUGUAAAUGCCAUCAUUUUUCUCUUGAUAGUUAUGCCAUUUUCUGUAGUUUUCUGUAAUAACAAUCUUGUUAUUGUUAUUUUCACAAAACUGGAUUUAAAAUUAGCAAGACAGGUUUAUCUCAAAUGAUUAAUGUUCUAUUUGUCUUGUGCUUGAAGUACUUUUCAUGAAUGCAAUGUUUUUAUAUGGUUUCUGUCUCUGAUUAUUUGUUUAUGUUUGUAUCUAAGUUUCCUCGGUUGCACAUUUUGUUUGUAUUCUAGCAGUUACUUUUUUAUUUUAUUUACUUGUUUUAGAAUUUAUUGGUGUUAUGAUAGUUUGCAUACUGCUUAUUUUGUAUUUUACUAUAGACCACUGUGUUUUAAAAAAAAGUAUGGAAAAUCUGACUGGUUGAUUGAAUAAAUUAGAAUAGGAUAUUUAAAAAGUGAAACUCGUAGCUUUUGUUCACAUAUAGUGAUAUAUUGCAAGCAUUUACAUAUAGAUGUUUAAAAAACAUUUAUUUUCUGUAACGCCAUAUUUGUGAGAAAUAUAAUUUUAAACCAAUAGGAGAGGAUGACCAAUAAAGGACGAAUGGGGAAUACUUCUGACUGGGCUGUUGCUAAAAAAAAAAUUACUUUUAAAGUAACAGAAAAGAUUAUUUUAUAAAUGCUUGGAGCUAUAACGUUUUGCGUAUGGAAUUCUUACAAUUUGACUUUUCCCUUUUGAAUUUAACUUCAAAAAACAAGCUCUAGUAUGGUGAUCUGAUUUAUUAAUCUGUAAAGUAAGUUUUAAUAGGCUUUGCUAUUACUUAAUUUUUUUUAAGUUCUUGAGAUUUUUUUAAAUCACGAUUAAUGUAAAGGAGGGGCGUUUUUAGGUGUCUUUGCCCUGUGUUUUUGCUUUUGACUUCAGACCCAGGCAUGCAUGUGUUACACGUCACACUUGUUUCUAAAUAUUACAAUUCAGUCUAAUAUGUAAUAAUUUAUUUGGUCUGGUAUCAUGUUUAACAUUUAAUGAGAUUGAAAAGAACCUAUGAUUAUAUUUGUUGUAGGGCUAGUAUUUUCACAUCUCCCAUAGGUAUAUUAAUUUACAUCUGAGGAAUCAGUAAGAACUGAUGAUGCCUUAGCUACUUAAAGGAGUGUCUCAUUUCUCAGUCAAUAUUUUAACUAACCCAGACCAGAGAGACACAAGAGGUUUGACUAGUCUUGGAAUACAUACCCUACAUGACUUUUAAUAACGGCUACUAACGACUACACUGGACUGAAAUGUAAGGUGUAAAGAUAGAAGUUUAAAACUAUUGAUGAACUGUUAAAACUGCUCAACAUCUUGUGAAAGAAUGUGUUAUGCUGACAUGAAACCAUAAUUUAUUAAUUUGGACACAAUUCAAGAAGGGCACAAAACAGCAUUUCUGUUUCCCCUUUGAAACAUUAUGGAAGUGAGAGAUGCGGGAUGUUAAGAUGACGGGAUUCUUGAAAUAAAUCAAAAUGUGUUUCAAUUAAGUAUUAGUUUGUGCAUAUUUACACAACCAACAUAUUUUUAUUCUCUAGAUUGUUUUCCUCUAACAGUUUAGCUUGAAUUGUACUGAUAAAUGUGAUAUAAUGUGGAAAAAAUUAUUUUGUGACAUCACAGUAACCUAGCAUUUUGACAGGGCAUGUAGAUCUUUUAUUCCAUCCAUAUAUUCCAUGCAGAACUAAAUUAAUAAAACUGGGUUGCUAGGUCAUAAUCCAGCAGGUAUUUGUGUGGAUGGAAGAAGGUAAAAGGGAUUCAGUAUAAGUCAGCAGGGCUCUGCAGAUAAAAAUAUAUGGGUUUGUUAAAUAUUAAAGCACCUGCACUACUUAACUCCCCAAAAUAAAACUCUGGAUCUAUAAAUAAGGAUUCUAGGAAUUUUUAAAGGGGAAAUAUUUUUAUAACAUCACUUCUCAAACUUGUUUAGACCUAAGAGUUGCACACACUCCACCCAUGCCGAUUAACGUUGAGCGUAAACAAAAAGUGUAUUUACCAAACGCCACAGGGCAUCCCUAGGAUAUUGGGAUUGGCAACAAAUGUAUGACAUUGUGGCGGUACUAUUGCUUGCAGAAAUACAGUGUUGUGAAAAAACUGUCCUCCCUUAAAAAUUUAUUUCACUUUUCUGUCACACUUCUGUUGUUUCAGAUCAUAAAAGUAAUUUCAACAUCAAACAAAGAUUACCUGAGUAAAUACAACAUAAGGUUUUUGAAAAUUUUAAUUUCAUUUGUUUAAGGAAAUAAGCCGUCCAAACCAACCCAGUCAUAUUUCAAAAUACAAGCCCUCCUCUUAUUACAUAAUGACUGAGCUAUGUUUAAAUUUCUUCAAACGUUGAGUAAAGUUUUACAUGCUCCACCCAGAGCCUGAGACUGUGAAAUUGAAUUGUUUCUUUUUUUUAAAAGCAACAUGUCUUCCCCAUGCUGAAGAAAUUCAAAAACAAAUGAGAAGCAAAAUACUUGAUAAUCAUUCAUCUGAAAGGGGUUGCAAAACCUUAGCUACAGCUGUAGAUCUCAGCAAACCAUAGUGAGACAUUAUCCAUAAAUAAUCAUCAUAUAAAACACUGAUGUUUUAUAUGAUGUGGAAGACCUGCCAUGAUAACACAAAGAAUGCAUCAAAAACUCAUCCAGGAGUUCACAAAACAACCCAGAACUUCAUCUACUGCACCGCAGGGAUCGCUUGCCUCAGUUAUGGUCAUUGUUCAUGACCGACAUCUUGACUACUCUAUGAUACUUCAGAGAGCAUGUUUUAUGGACUGAUGAAAAUAAAGGUCUAACUUUUGGGAGAUAUGUAUCCAGUUUAGCCUGCUGUGAAACUAAAACAGCAUUUCAGAGAACAAACAUCAAACCAACAGUCAAAGUAGUGUAAGAGUCUGUUGCAUCAGGACUUGGAUAAAUUGUCAGAAUUGAUGAAGUCAUGAAUUCUGCUCUCUAGCAAAAAAAUCCUGAUGGCCCUCAUUUCACUAGCUUAAAAUCAAGUGCUCUUGGAUUACAAAGCAGGAAAAUGAUACAAAGCACCCCUAAUACACCAUCGAAUAGCUCACAAACAAAAAAAGAACAAUUUUAGAGCGGCCUAAUCAAAGUCUGGGCAAAAAUCCUACAAAAAUGCAGUACCUCGGCCUAUAUUAAAAGAAGCGCUGGCCAAAAUUCCUCCGUGGAGAUGUAAAAUAUUCAUUUAAUGUCUAAUUGUCACCAA